GGGGGCGUGGUUACGAGAGCUGCACCGCCUACAGUCACGUGAUAGUGUUGUCAGGGUGAUUUCAAGACGCUGGGACACCUGAUAUCUUAGCAACCGGGGUAACAAAGAUGGCGGCCAUGGAGGAAGCAGAGGGGAAAGUUGACCCUGUACAUGUGGAGAACAUAGAACAUGAAAACAUGAAUCUGUCAUCCGUACAUUUAGAAGAAGGUGAUAGAGCAGACGCCUCCACACUGGAUACAGACCCUGGUGCAGAGGACCCCCACAUAUCAUCUGAACCCCCCCGUGAGCAGAUCUCCGGCGAUGAGAGUCGUCAUACAGGAGCGGAUGAGAUCGUCCUCACCUCACCCAGAGCUGCACAUACAACCAUAGGAGGUGGAGUAGAACACGAGGAGCACAAGGAGCCUGAAGAUGUUACAGAGCAGGUGCGGAAGGGCCCGGGCCCCAGUAAUGAACCAGAAGAAGGAGAUGAGAAGUCUGGAGACGUUACAGAGCAGUCACAGGAGGGUCCGGGUCCCAGUAAUGAACCAUUACCAGGAGAAGGAGAUGAGAAGUCUGGAGACAUUACAGAGCAAAUACAUGAGGGUCCGAGCCCCAGUGAUGAACCAUUGUCUGGAGACGUUACAGAGCAGACACAGGAGGGUCCGGGCCCCAGUGAUGAACCAUUGUCUGGAGACAUUACAGAGCAGGCACAGGAGGGUCUGGGCCCCAGUGAUGAACCAUUGUCUGGAGACAUUACAGAGCAGGCACAGGAGGGUCCGGGCCCCAGUGAUGAACCAUUGUCUGGAGACAUUACAGAGCAGACACAGGAGGGUCCGGGCCCCAGUGAUGAACUAUUGUCUGGAGACAUUACAGAGCAGGCACAGGAGGGUCCGGGCCCCAGUGAUGAACCAUUGUCUGGAGACAUUACAGAGCAGACACAGGAGGGUCCGGGCCCCAGUGAUGAACCAUUGUCUGGAGACAUUACAGAGCAGGCACAGGAGGGUCCGGGCCCCAGUGAUGAACCAUUGUCUGGAGACAUUACAGAGCAGACACAGGAGGGUCCGGGCCCCAGUGAUGAACUAUUGUCUGGAGACAUUACAGAGCAGGCACAGGAGGGUCCGGGCCCCAGUGAUGAACCAUUGUCUGGAGACAUUACAGAGCAGACACAGAAGGGUCCGGGCCCCAGUGAUGAACCAUUGUCUGGAGACAUUACAGAGCAGACACAGGAGGGUCCGGGCUCUAGUGAUGAACCAUUGUCUGGAGACAUUACAGAGCAGACACAGGAGGGUCCGAGCCCCAGUGAUGAACCAUUGUCUGGAGACAUUACAGAGCAGACACAGAAGGGUCCGGGCCCCAGUGAUGAACCAUUGUCUGGAGACAUUACAGAGCAGACACAGGAGGGUCCGGGCUCUAGUGAUGAACCAUUGUCUGGAGACAUUACAGAGCAGACACAGAAGGGUCCGGGCCCCAGUGAUGAACCAUUGUCUGGAGACAUUACAGAGCAGACACAGGAGGGUCCAGGAGCUGAGGAGAAGGGAGCAGAUGCUGCAGGGGAAUCCAUAGAAGAAGCUGUGACCGGCCCUGAGGACAUCUCUGGUGGUGACCAUGAUGAUCCGGCUCCCCCAGGAGAUGGUAAAGGUACAGGGCCUGAGACCACCUUGGAGGCCGAUGAUAAUACAGAGGGCGGAGACCUGGAUACUGGGACCACUGAUAUGAGCACGGCCGAGGCCACCGGAGAACAUCAGAAUCCAGAAGGUGAUGAAGAGGAUGUGGAGGAGACCGAGAGGAUCCCAGACAACUUUUUCUAUGACUAUGAGAAUAUCUGCUCCCAGCCAUACAUCUCCCCCGACUCAGAGAUCCCCGGCAGAGUCCUUCAUCUUUUACAUUCUUUCGGCUAUGACUGUACAAAACGUGCGAAUCUCCACUUGCUGGAUGACCAGACCUUGCUGUAUGUCGCCGGCGCUAUGGCCAUCAUCUUAGGAAUUAGGACUCAUGAACAGCAGUACCUGAGAAGCAGCAGUGGUCAGGGCAUUGGAGCGGUCGCGGUCCAUCCCACCAGGAAAUAUUUUGCAGUAGCAGAAAAGGGACACAAACCAAAUAUUAUCCUGUAUGAAUACCCCUCCCUGAAACCCUAUCGGAUCCUCAGAGGGGGCACAGAGGAAGCCUACGCCUUCAUCGACUUCAAUAUGUCUGGAACCCUUCUUGCCAGUGUGGGCAGCAGCCCCGACUAUAUGCUGACUAUCUGGGACUGGAAGCAGGAAAAGACUAUGCUGAGGUCCAAGGCAUUUUCCCAAGAUGUGUUUCAAGUCACCUUCUCCCCAGAGAAUGAAGAGCAACUUACUACCUGUGGGACAGGACACAUCAGAUUUUGGAAAAUGGCUCGCACAUUCACAGGCUUAAAACUGCAAGGAGAAAUAGGAAGAUUUGGAAAAACGACCCUAACAGACAUAGAAGGAUAUGUGGAGCUGCCAGAUGGAAAGGUCAUAUCAGGGUCAGAAUGGGGCAACAUGCUGCUCUGGGAAGGGGGUCUGAUCAAGGUGGAGAUAUGUAGAAGAGGACGAAAACCAUGUCAUGGCGGUCCUAUUAACCAGUUUGUUCUGGAUGAAGGAGAAUUGAUCACCAUUGGCGCCGACGGGUUUGUCAGGGUUUGGGAUUUUGAGACAGUGGAUACCGCAGACUCUGUGGACGACACUGGGCUUUUGGAGAUGGAACCUAUGAAUGAGCUUCUGGUUGGAAAGAACGUCAACCUCCGGUAUAUGGUGAAGACCAUGGAUGGAGACUCCCCUAUAUGGUUUGCUCAGGACUCCAGUGGAGGAAUAUGGAAGCUGGAUCUAUCGUUUUCCAACAUAACACAAGACCCCGAAUGCCUCUUCUCCUUUCACUCCGGCAAGAUUAAAGCUUUGGAUGCAUCUCCCUCAACGUAUCUGAUGGCCACGACAUCCCUGGACCGAUCACUGAGGAUCUAUGACUUUGUCGGGAAGGUUCCUCUUGUGGACAUGAAGUUUAAACAAGGAGGCACCGCGCUGAUUUGGGCCCCUCGCAUGGUAAAUCCAAAGGGCGGCUUGUUCACAGUGGGAUUCGAAGAUGGCGUUGUCCGCAUCUUGGAGGUUUAUAACGCUGCAGGCAUGAGGCUUAUUGCAGCACGAAGUGGCACCCAUGAUGCUGCGGUGAACCUGAGACAAGCCUUCAAACCGCACAACGCUCCUGUCACCGCUUUGGCUUAUGAGCGCAAUGGAGAGAUCCUCGCCACAGGGAGUAUGGACAGAACCGUCUUCUUCUUUGCUGUCGGAGACACCUAUGAACCCAUUGGAUUUGUCCGUCUUCCAGGCCCCGUCAGGGAAUUACACUGGUCUCCUCCCUCACAUGAGCAGAGCACGCUGCUGGUUCUCUGCGAGAAUGGAUUCGCUGUUCAGAUCCCGGCCCCAGUAACUGAGAAAAAGGACCCGGCCUCCACCUAUGAAAUCUCCAAUCUGCCCCUUAGUUACUUCAGAUUCAGCAGCAUCAAGUCAAAGAUCGAGAGGGAGGAGCAGCUGGAACGUAUACAGAAGAACCGGCAGCAGAAACGGAAGGAGCGGGAGGCCUGGAUACAACAACAGAAGGAGCAGGGAGUGGAGUUAUCGGAGGAAGACCUGGAGGCGGUCAUAGAUGACGAAGAGGACAAGCUGCCCGAGCUGUAUGUUCCAAAAGAGCCCAGUCCCAUCCUGUGCGGUUUCUACGCCAAUGCGGGGGAGUUCUGGUUAUCUAUGGACGGGUACGACGCAGGUUUCCUCUACCUCUGUAAGUUUUCUGAUACUGAAGGACAACCUGAAGAUCCGACAUUGAGGAAAGAUGAACCAGUGCGCGUUCUGCCCAUCGAUAACACCGGCAAUAAUCCCAUCCACAGAAUGCACUUCAGCUCCAACAAGCAGCUUCUGUUCUGUGGGAUGCAGGACGGUGCCGUCCGUGUCUAUCCUCUCCAGCCCAAUGAUCCUUCACUCCAAUCCAUGAGCAAUUACUGGUCCCUCGGGGUCCAUGAUAACCAGUACGGGGUCAUCCAAGCCAUCAGCUCCAGCUUUGAUAACCAGUAUCUCGCGACCUGCGGAGCUGACGGCAACAUCUUCACCUUCAGCAUUAUGUCCAUGGAGGACAUCGAGCGAGACCUGAAAGUGAAGAAAACUAAAGUGCCUUCUCCUCGGCCCAGCUUGGAUAAGGAGCAGCCUGUGAAGGAUAUUGAGGACCCAGACACUUACAGCCUUGAAAACGCUAAGCAGAAGAAACAGCACGACCUUCUCGUGAAGGAAGCAGAAAGUAAGAAGUCCGGCAGGAGACGGGAGCUCGAGGGGCUGAGGAAUGAGUUCCGGCAACUACUGAGCAAGAAUAUGGUGCUACCACCUCACAUGCAGCUAAGCAGAGCGGAAUUCGAGAUGGAUCACAGGAUCCGAGAAGAGAUGGAACGGCAGACGUCAGAGAGGAUCCGGACCGUGCUAAAGGAGCUGGCCUGGGAGCAGGAGAAGCACAACAUAGGACUGAAAAAACUACAAGCUCG